AUGUCUACCCUUGCGGAUGAACUCCUUCAGGACUUCGAAGACUCGGGUUCGGAUGCCGAGGAUGUUCCCCAUGAUGAUUCUCGUGAGCUUGCCGGUGCGAAUGGGGAAUCCGAACCCCACGACAAAGCAUUCAUGGACAUGGAUGUAGACGGACAGGAUGGCCCCGAGGAGGAACAGGAGAAUGGCUCGGGACACACCGUGGCGUUCGUUGAAGACGCCCAAACCGCGAAAGAAAAGGUCGAGAAAAUGCAAUUCGGAGCUGUCAACGAUGUUCGCAGCGUGGCUAGCCUCAUGCAAAGCCUAGAGCCGGUUCUAGAAAAAAUAGCAAAGUUUCAGUCACAAUCUGCCGAAGCGCAUAUCGUCGGAAACAUCGAGGACCAUCCCGAGUAUCACCUCUUGACACAAUCCAACAGUAUGUCGACGCUCAUAGACAGCGAAGUCAUGCUAGUACACAAGUUCAUCCGCGAUCACUACUCGAUUCGUUUCCCAGAGCUAGAAACUCUGAUUACCAAUCCUUUGGAAUAUGCGAAGGUCGUCGCGAUAUUGGGAAACGGUCCUUUCGAUUCGGAAAGUAUCAAGGCCCUUCAACACUCGACUGAUAACCCCUUGAAGUCUACGCUGCGGUCUGUUCUCGACGGUCCGUCUCUCAUGAUCGUCACCGUGGAAGCGACGACAUCAAAGGGUCGCGCCAUGACCCCGGAAGAGUUGGCUAGAGUCUUGCGCGCAUGCGAGAUGAUCAUCUCACUUGAUAAGGCAAAGAAGACAUUAACCGAAUACGUCCAGUCGCGGAUGAACAUUUUCGCGCCAAACUUGACUUGUUUGAUUGGGUCUCUUACCGCCGCCCAACUCCUCAACGCCGCUGGUGGUUUAACAGCACUUUCGAAAACGCCUGCCUGCAACAUUGCCGCAUGGGGCUCGAAAAAGGGUACCCGUGCUGGCGGUUUGGCGACAAAUAUCGGCAUCAGGCAGCAGGGGUUUCUCUACCAUUCGCCAUUGAUUCAGGGCAUUCCCAACGAUCUAAAGAGACAGGCAAUGAGGAUUGUAUCGGCCAAACUGGUGCUGGCCGCCCGAGUGGAUCGCACCCAUUCCAGCCCCGAUGGCUCCACGGGCGACGAGCUGAAAGCAUCUUGCCUCGAGCGCUUGGAGAAGUUGACCGAGCCGCCUCCGAAUAAGGGUGCCCGCGCCCUGCCUGUUCCAGACGAUAAGCCAUCACGCAAGCGGGGUGGCCGGAGAGCGAGGAAGGCAAAAGAAGCCACCGCCAUGACCGAGCUUCGCAAGGCACAGAAUCGGAUGGCCUUUGGGAAGGAGGAGAAGGAAGUCGGUUACGGCACCGGCGAUGGUACCGUAGGCCUGGGCAUGAUCGGUCAGGCGAACGACGGCAGGAUUCGCAACCUGCAGGUGGACCAGCGUACAAGGGCCAAGCUGAGCGCCAAAAACAAGGGAUGGGGUGGGGCAACCUCCUUGAGCGGUGCUGCCUCAUCGCUUCGUGGUGUCGGAUCAUCCCACGCCGGCAGCAUCGAUUUGCGAGGCAAGGGCUUACGAACAUCCGGCGUGGGGACCUCCAUAGGCAACGCCGGUGCCGGUACAGCAUCGUCUUUGGCUUUCACGCCGGUUCAGGGCUUGGAGCUGGUAGACCCGAAGAUGCAGGCUGAACUCAAUCGCAAGAGGAAAGCCGAAGAGGAUCGGUGGUUCAAAGGAGGGACUUUCACGCAGGUGGCAUCUACGGGCAACGAUGGCUUCAAAAAACCCGAUCUCCCCCCUAACAAGAGGCUCGAUACAGGCCAGGGAAAGAUGGGUCCUCCGCCCCCGCGGAAGACAUGA